AUGACCGCGAUGGCUCACAUCUCCGGCCACGGGCGGCUGCUUCUGCAGCGCCUCCACCAGCAGCGAGAGAUGGACUUCCUGUGCGACGUCACCAUCAUGGUCAAAGACGUGGAGUUCAGAGCCCACCGCAACAUCCUGGCCGCCUUCAGCAGCUACUUCUCCUCCCAGGCGGAAAAGGGGCAGGAGAUCACCACUCUGGACCCGGACAAGAGCAAGCUCUCGCAGGACAACAAGGGUCUGGUCUCCAUCCCCGAGGGCGAGCCUCCAAACCCGGAGCCCGUCACCCCCGGCGCCAAAGUCUCCGCCCCCCCGGGCGCCACUGGUCAAGACCCCGCCGCCAUUGGUGGCGCCCUGGCGCAGGAUUUUAAGGCGGAACCGUCUCAGUUACCGUUAAGCAGUGGAGAGCCGGUGGGAUUCGAGACGGAAGGCGAGCAUCAAACCAUCAACUCGGACACGCUGCACGCCCUGGUGGAGCAGCUGCGGCCGCAGGCCUCGCCCGCGCAGAGCCUGGAGCAGAUCGUCAUCAUCAGGACCGUGGACGCCGGGGACGCCGCCGCCGCCAAUCAGCAGCCGUGA